CAGGCUGGGGCCGCAUUUGUGGAUAUUCCCGUCAGCAAUAUGCGUGCUACAAUUGCAAAGCGCCUCUCCGAAUCCAAAGCCACCAUACCGCACACCUACACGCGCACCAAGGUGCGUGUGGAUCGCCUGUUUGCCAUUCAGAAGGCCGUUAACAAGGUCAUCGCUCCAAAUAAGAUCUCUGUGAACGACCUCAUUGUGAAGGCCUGUGCCUUUGGACUACGAAUCGGUUUUCUCCUAAAAUGCGUUGAUCCGUCGAAGUACCUCGUGUUCUUCCAUCAUAUCUGUCUGCGGAAUGCUUAUGACCGUCCAAAAUCUCUUACCAGUCACUAUCUCUGUAUCUUCUCCAAAUCCUGUGUCGGUAUUGCAAUUUGUUUGUCGUUAGAUUGCUUCUACUGCCAGCUUUACCUCCUGUUUAUGCUUUAA